GUUUAAGUGAUAGUUCAUUUGUGGAUAUUUUGUUUUUUUGGAAAACCAAUAAGAAAAAUAUAUAGUAAAAUGAUUACAAUUUCAAAAAUUUAUACGAAUUGUUUCCUAAUUGUCGUCGGCAUUUUGUGCGCAAGUGCACUUAUCGAACAAAUGGAUGAUACGGAUUUAGUGCAUUUAAUUACCGCCAAAGACAAUGUUAUCGUUUUAUUUACGAAAGAUAAUUGUGUGGAUUGCGACGAACUACAGGUUGUCGUGGAAAAUAUUCAAAAUGAAUUGAAGGAAACGAUAGGAGCGAUUAUAGUUAAAGCUCAUAAUAGCCAUAUGGUGAAUGUAUAUGAUCCGUCCAAGGAGCCUUCACUCAUCUAUUUCAGACAUGGCAGCCCGUUACUUUACUUUGGCGAUUAUAAAGAAGAUGAAAUCGUGCAAUUAUUUACCGAAAAUCAAGAACCAAUUGUGAAAGAGCUAUCAGAUAAGAACUUUGAACAUCUUACACAAGCAGCAACUGGUGCCACUACAGGCGAUUGGUUUGUCUUUUUUUACUCGACAGAUUGUGUCUUUUGUUUGCGUUUACACGCUGGCUAUGAGGCCGUGGGAGCACGUCUAAAGCGUCGUUUAAACUUUGCCCGUGUCGACCGUUUAGGUGCCGGCAUUUCAACGGGAAAGCGUUUCCACGUUGUAGAAUCACCGCAAUUUAUGUUCCUUCGCCAAGGACAUGUGUUUCGGUAUACAGCUAAAGAUUAUGCACCGGCGAAACUUAUUGAAUUUGUCGAAACUGGUUAUCGCAAACAAACUCAUCCGGAACCUGUACCACCAGAGGCUAAUUCGAUAAAUAAUUUCUUUGCGGGCCAAUUGCAAGCGUUGACAAACAAUCGACAAUUACUUAUAAUUGCCUCAGUGAUAAUUGGUACCUUUGCUUUAAUUGCAGUUGUGAUGAAAACUUUGGCGGAAAAGAAAUCAGCAAAAGCUAAAAGAGCUGGCAAAUCUAAGUAAAUCGGAGAAUUUAAGGCGAAUCUCAAAAUACUGUAGGCAUAACACACGCGCACACACAAUUCCAA